GGGACACGGUGACACACAUCGCGCCCGCCGUGCGUCAUGGGCGACAUCAGCACGACGUGGACGUGGGAUGUUCCGGCAGCGUAUGACGCAUGACCGGUCAAGCUGCGUUCUAUGAAGUGAGACAGAUUUCUUUGCUCUUUUUCGCCUUCCUCUUCCUGCCGGCCUCAAGCACGAACAGAGGGGUUUGCUACCCCGAUGACAGCAUACAGAGUAGCAGUAACUAUCAAUGCCAGGCUUUUAGCUAUUGUCGGAACCAAAACCGGGCAAUCAAUAAGGGAACAAUGACUCUGGCAUCCUGUAUGGAUGAGUGUGACAGGAUCAACUGUGAAUCGAUCCAGUUUGAUUGCAACACCGACUGCUUUCUUCUGGAAGAGGGCUGUGGUCAGCUCAUCCCCACCAGUUGUGGCAGCAGUGUGUACCAUAGGGUAACCACAACCACUACCACGACCACCACCAGAGCGAGCAAUUGCUUUCCGGGUAUACCGGGUAUGCUUGGUGGGGAACCAGGGUUUCAAUGUGCGAGCUUCUCUUACUGCGGCAAUGAGCACGAUGCUCACAAACUGGGGCGGAUGUCCUUGGCGGCGUGUUUGGCUCAAUGCAACGAGCAAGCCAAUUGCAGAGCAGUACAGUAUGACUGCGGCACUGAAUGCUGGCUGCUUCCAAGUUGUGAGACUCUUUUGCCUGACAAUUGGUGUGGCAGCAGCACCUACUUGAAGGAGACCACCUUGACAACGACGGAGCUUGGGAGAUGUUGGCCCAACAACGUCACAUCCAUGGACGACUUCAGGUGCACCUCCGGACGGUACUGUGCCGAACAAGCAUUCGGCACGAACUAUUCGGAUAUGUCUCUGGAGCAAUGUGCCGCACUGUGCCAAGCAAAAGGCUGCUCUUACAUCCAGUAUGAUUGCAACAAGGCUUGCAUAUUGCUGGCUUCUUGCACGCCAAUACCAACAGAUUGUGGCAGCAGCAUCUAUUAUCGCACCGCCAACAACCUGCACUACACUGCCCAGCCCUAUGGCGCAGGAAGAUACGUGGUUCACAGUGCCGCUUGCGACAGCUGCACUAUGCAAGCGGACUGCCCCUGGGGCACCUCGCCCAUUGGUUGCGAGAUGAUUCCACCGGGCCGCCAUGGGCGGGUACUGGAAGUGACAGGCCAGUCAUGUAAAGCCCGGCCGAGCACAAGCACUGACUUCGGCUUGGCGGAAGUGAUUUGUAGCUCUCAGAUGGAGACUUUCUCCAAGUACAAUCGCUUCAGCGAGCGGAAUCUUUGCGGAGAUGGCGCAGCGUUGGCUUGCUACUGCACGCAGUCGCAGGCCAAUUGCCAACAGCUGCCGACGAGCAGUUUUGGUGAGCCUGCUCGAUGUGCUCUUGGACAAUGGGCGUUGUGCUGGGAAGGUGAAGAAAGCUAUACCAUCAAGAAUGUUGGGUACAUCGCACUUGCAAACAGCCUCAGCUGGUGUGGGUGGGCCAAUCUGCAGCAGAGAGAUGAUGCAGAUUGUAGACAUGUAAUGCAGGAGCAUUCAGAUGAGCAUGUCGGUGGGUGUCGCAGCAACGAAUGCAUUGAUUUGGCAGAUUGUGUCCAGAAAUGCGAAGCAUGCAACAGUUGCACAGGCGUAUUGUAUUUUCCACGUGAGCAGGGUCUUGAUGAAUAUUCCAACAACAUGCGCUGCUACAUGCAAAGGAGCAAUGUCACAGGUAGCAUUUCAGCACAGGGUCCUACGAUGAAUCAGCCAAGUGUCUAUGUGAAUAGCAGGAAUGCAGGAUGUUCCAUAGACCACAGCAUCAAAGGCAUUAGAUUCUUCCGAGAUAGCGACUGCAUAGACCCUGUGUACCCGACCAGCAUUGCUGACCACAAUGGCCACGUAUUGCCUUCAAGCUGGCUGAAGUAUCCAGGAGCCUACCAGCCCUGUACACACUGCUCAAAUAUCGCUUUCACAGCGCGGUUCGACAGCGCCACUCCGGUACUUUGUGCUGUUGUGCACUCCACACCAGGAUUUGAACAGGGGUGGGAAUUGUAUGCAGGAACAGGAGAUCAUCCAAUAGCGACUUCCAAGCAGGGAGCUGCUGUGACUUACAACAAAGUGGAUUUUGUAGCCGGUAGUACCGUAGUGUUUACAGGGAGCUUGACUGUGCGGUACGAAGGGGAGUUCUCCACUGCUUCUUUGGCUGUGGCUCUGGCCAAGCUGCUUCUCUUGCCCUUGCACACGGUACAACUUCAGCGCUCCAGACGCCUGAGCACCCGACGGGUGCAGACCUUGUCCGAACGUUGCGACUAUUCAAUCCAGUUUUUGGACUCCACCGGAACUCUUCACAAGAGCGUGGAAGCCACUUUGAAGGUUCUGCAGAGCGACCCAGGACAGUUGAACAUGCCUUUGCUCUUCAACUUGCAGAUAGCUAUCACGGACAUGACUGAAAUGCAGAGGGAGAUCAUCCCGUCGACCUCUACGACUACAACAAUGACUCCACUGUCUUUUCAACUGGUUCGAAAGCAUGAGUGGGAUGAGUCUCCUGAUCUUGCUUCACAGGUGUUCACGGCCCUUGGGGUCAGCCUCGCUGUGGUAGGAGGUCCGGUCGUUCUGUGGAAACUUUACCAGUUUCUGCGUCAAGGGCCGCAGCACCAUCCCAAGACAUCCAGUGGUAUCAUCAUUGGCGCUCUUCGCACCACACGGUGUGAGACGGAGGAGGAUCUACAACCGUUGACCCCUACAGCGGCGCAGAGUCUUCCCUCGUAUUGGAGCACCACAGGAAUCGAAGUAGACUUUUCAAACCCGCUGGACAGGAGGAAAUUGGCCUUUGAAGAAUUGGCCUAUGUGAAGCACGAGCACCUGCAGCAGUUUCAAAAUCUGGUGAACCACACAUACAAAGCUAUUCCAACACAGGACCGUUUAUGUCCAACAGGGAUGCACGGCAAGGUUCGUGGUGGAUGCCCAUGCGUGCAACCCGGUGGAAAGCCAGGUCUUCCAACAGGCUUUCAGGUGAAGCGUGUGAUUCGAGUUGAAGAUUCAGACAUGUUCAACAGAUAUAUCUUUCGCCGAGACACCAUCAAAGCGACCCGUGGCAAAUGCGAUGCCCCGGGCUCCUCAUUCUUAACUCAUGAAGCAAUUGACAAAUUCCAAGGUUUGAAGGAGAUAGUGGCAUCGCUGGACUUGGAGCUCAAUGAGGCUUAUUUGUGGCACGGCACACAAGUGAGAACAGGUCUGCAGAUCGCGCAGGAGGACUUCAACAUGGCUUUUGCUGGCUCUGGAGCUGGAACGAUGUAUGGCAAGGGCUUGUAUUUCUCUGAGAGCUGCACCAAAGCUGAUGAAUACAGCAGGGAUGAGCCUAGGGGAUACUAUGACAGCGUGCGAGCUCUUCUCUUAUGCCGAGUUUGCAUGGGCCAGUUCUACUACACAGCCGACCGGGAGUCCAGCGCCAUAGAGAAGUAUCUUAGUGGCGUAUCUGACAGCACACUGGGAGACCGUGCAAGUGCAGUGGGCACCUACCGCGAGUUCGUGGUCUAUCACCCGGACCAGGUCUAUCCGGAGUAUUUGGUGCUUUAUGAGCGCUUACACGGCACCCGGCCUCCCGAGCCGCCACCAAAGGAUAUGCCGUUCUUACUGGAGCUGCCUUUGUAUUGGAAGAAUGUGGGGAAGAAUCCGCGCAUUCAGGAGUUUCGAGAACAUUGGCAGGUAAAGCAAAAGAUCACCAAGCUGAUCUAUCGUAUGGCAUUGCAUACCUCAGAGAACAUGUGCCCCAAGGUCCAACGAGUGAAGCGAGUCGAAGAUUCGGUGCUUUGGUGCAAAUAUAUGAAUUGGAAGAAGCAGCUCUCCCAAGAGCUGAGCAAAAGAAAGAUCGAUCGAUGUAAACCACCCAACGAGCUUGAUGGAAAUCCCAAUAGUGGCCAUGUCUUGACUGGGGAGAUCCAAGCAGAGCAUGAUGGUGACGAGGCCAUCAGCUUGGAGAACAUGGUCCCUGGGCUCAACGAGCUCCUUUUGUGGCACGGCACUAGCCGCGAGGCGGCCGCCGCUAUCGCCAGCGAUGGGUUCAUUCUGAAUCCCAGUGCUUUGCACGGCCGCCGCUUUGGUAAUGGUGUCUACCUGGCGGAAGAUCUCCGGAAGAGUAUGAGCUACUGCAAGGAAUCGGAGGGUGUCCUUCACGUCCUCUUGUGUCGUGCCGUUUGUGGCGAGAUCUUCUACACCGAGAAGGAUCGACACGUAGAUGCCCCCGACGAGGCCAAAGCAGCGAAGAAGCAAUCGGUGCUGGCCAAUCCUGGGAAGGUGGGCCCAAGGGAGUACAUCCUCUUCGAGACCGCACAAGUCUAUCCUGAGUACAUCGUCGAAUUUGUGACUAGAAUGACGGAGUAAGUUGCUUGACAUCUUAAGAUGCAACUUCUCAAUUUUCUGAAUCUAGCUGCGAAGGUUGCUGUGAUUCCAGUACUUUAGAGGCUUAUACUUAUAGUAAAUGACCCUGAGCUGCUUCCUACUGGCCACGUGACAGUUGUCAAUGUGGGCUUUUGUCAACGUGGUCUUUUUGUCAGGGAAGAGCCCUCCCAGACUCCCAGACUCGGCGCGACCGCCGCGACUUGGGGCCUUGACCCCCGACCAAGUCGGUGAUGAUAGGCUCCAAGGUUCCAAUCGACAUCGUCUGGAAAAGAGCUUUCGCGAGAGUGGCAGUCGGUGCAAGUGGUUUUUGCCAGCGUCACACGCAUCGUCAGCUACACAUGGUCAAUUGUUGGAAGGACCAUGGGGGACCUUCACC